AUGAAGCCUCAUUUGAUCACUGUCAUUCAAGAUCAGACAGCUGGAUCUGUUGCUAGAGCUAGUGUAAGAAAGACAGUCAUAUGUUUUAAUAAAAAUGUGAUGGUAAACUUUAAGGCUGGUGAAUACAGUUACAUGAGAAAGAUGUCAGUGACACAGGCGGCUGGGAAGAAACAAUUUGAAACACACAGCAAUAUGAGAUAAAUUCAUUCUUCCCAGAAGCAAUUUUUUGAUACUUAGAUGCUUAUUACAAAAUUUAAUGUCCUCCAGAACAGAAAUAAUGACAAAUUUAUUAUUUUUCUUUUUCAGUUUUCUUUUUAUUGUUAUUGUUAAUUAAAAUGUGUUUUUCUUUGUCAUUUUCCUCGCAGCCCUUCCAAUUAACAAUCAUUUUCCUUCAAUAAAUACCACACUAAAAAUAAAAAUACUAAAAACAAACCAACCACCAUGCUUAUUCCAGUAAACUGUGCCAUGCACUUUGAUACAUGAGAGUCAGUAACAUUUUCAUUUUAGUGUACCUAAUAUUUUAAGUAAACAUUGUUUCCACCAUUUCUGAUUCAUUUGUUGUUUGGUUUACAGUGUGCUACAGCACUGGCCCUGUGCUGCUUUAUUGCAAGUGAAGAUCAUGAUGUGAGUUUUGAGUUUCAGAAGGAAUCUUAGUACUAAUUCAUGAUCAGAUUAGAGUACAAUGGAACUUCGAUUUAAUGAGCCUCUAGAUAACGAAGUCCUUGGUAUAACGAUGAAUGAUAUUCCUAGCCCCAGUAAAAGUAAACGAGAGUAAAAGAACCUCAGCAUAAGAUUAUAACAAAACAUCCUUGUAGCGAACAUAUUUGGUCAGUCUCUUGCCCCUUCUUUAUACCGAGACUUCACUGUAUAGGGUUGUUAGUUUUUCUGAGACAAAAAUGAUAGUUUCAGAAAUGCCACUUAUAUUCACUAUUGCAGAAUUCCUUAAGACCCUACAGCUGCACCAAGUGUGUCUUGUUCAGUCAUAAUAACCUUGAGAGCAUCUUUAAUGGGUGCCUUGCUGCUGUCUGCCAUGUUUUUGCUGUCCCUUCAAGUGAUCCCUAGAGCCUUAACUGUCAUAAGUCGUACCAGUUCCCCGCUUGAUUAGAAGAUGGCCUAUAUGGUCAGCAAUAGCUUGUUGUGAUAAAUUGGCCAGGGAAUCUAAAGGUACAUUCCUUUGGGUGAUCUGGAUCUGGAUCAAUGGUCCAAGAUCACCCGGAUCAUGGUACAUACAGCUAUUUCGGGAAAGGUUGUCGGAUAAAGUGCACGAGACAAGCCCGAAAUGUAUUGUGGGUGGCCUUGAGUUCACUAUUUUUCAAAGAAAUUUGAAACAAUGCCAGGAGAGGCCAUGGACAUAUGUCUGCGUGUGCUAAAGGAAAGCAACAAAAGUAAGUUCGACAGCUACAGUGUCAGGAACAGUGUAUUGAUUAUAUCCCAUAUUACCUUUUGGGAUUGUCGGGUGCACAUUUUUCCGACAACCUUUCUCGAAAUAGCUGUAUAUGAACCAAUGAAUCCUUUCCCCAGCUCGAUUCAUCAGUUCUUUUGAUGUGCUAUGACCUGAUUAAUCUUGGAUCACUGAUUCUGAUCCCGAUAAUCCCAAAAGAAAGCACCCAAAGUCAGUUAGAAGUUGAAAAGUAUUUUGAAUGACUAAUUAUGUCAGCUGGUAGUAUUUUACCUUAAAGGAAUUUAAAAAUAAUUCCUCUACAACAUUGCUUUCAGGAACUCUUUGAGUGCUCAGCUGUCCUAGAGGCAAUUUUUGACAACAAGAAGACCGUCAAGCCAGAUGAAGUUCCACUUUACAGCAGUAUUCUGUUGGCCUGGGCUCUUCUCUUGUCUAUCACGCCAGAAAAUCAAGCUUACCUUCUCAUUAACAAGUGAGUAGUAAGAGCAUGCAUGUAAUCAUCUUAAGUUUUAACUGGGCUAUUCAAUUACAUAUAUUUAUGUUUAUAUCCAUCAUUUUAAUAGCCUAAGAAAACAGCAGACAUUUGGCGACGCUACCACUGCUUUCCCCGCCAAAUGAUGUCUGAGAAACAAGCGCAGAAAAUCCAUACUGAUGACACGUCACUACCCAGAUCUAGGUAGUGACGCAUCAUCAGUGUGCAAUUUACGCGCUCGUUUCUCAGACGUCAUUUGGUGGGGAAACCAGUGGCAGCAUUGUCAAAUCGCCAAAUGUCGGCUGUUUUGUCACGCUUUUAUUUUUGUUUUGCAAUGAUUUUCCUGCAAAAUCAUGUGUGAGGAUUGAGGGUAGAAAUUCCAUACUGAUGACGUUAUCACUACCCAGUUCUGGGCAGUGCUUCCGAUAGGUUAGCUGCGAGGAAAUUUUGCUUUAGCCAAUCAUAAGCACUACUCAGAUUUGGAUAGUGACGUGUAAUCAGAAUGGAAUUUCUGAGGGGAAACGAGUGACCCAGUGCCGUCACUAAAUGUCUGCUGUUUUCUCAGGCCAUGAAUUUAUUUAUUACGAUCAGUGAUAACAUUAUUUUAAUGCUGAUUUUUCCCUCCACAAGGCACUUAAGAAGAAUGAUGUUUCUUCUUCAAACAAGUGACCUCAGUGUGCGGAUUGCUGCGGGAGAACUCUUAGCACUUAUGUAUGAGAUGGGACGCAACGUUCAUGAGGACUUUGGUUACAGAGAUCGAAAUGGCGUUUGUGACCUUAUAAGGGAACUUGCCACAGAAGGUAACAAGCACAUUGCAAAGAAAGAUCUGCGGCAACAGCGGUCAAGCUUUAGAGACAUUCUUAAAACUAUUGAGGUAUGUAAUCUUUAUUAUGCCUUGCCCCCAAAGACUUAACUGUAUAGAGCCAAAAAUAAUAUUAUGAGUUUAUAAUUAUACCAGAUGAUGAUGGAAAGGUGAUUUAUGAAGUUAUGAAAUAUAUCAUGUACUGUAUGUGUUUGUUGAACAUGAAAGGCAGUGUUUUCACCUGAUAUCAUUACAGUAAGAAGUGGGUUCUUAAAAACUAAAUUAAAGCAGAGAUUAACGCUGAUCAUUGUUUUGCUUUUGGAAGAAACACUACACUAGCCCUUUCAAGUGUUUGUUAUAACUUGUCAAAUGAGCUGAGAAAAUAUCCAACAUUUUGGGACAACACUGGUGGUUUUCCCAUGAAAUGAUGUCUGAAAAACGAGCGCAGAAAUUCCAUACUGGUGACAUGUCAGUACCCAGCUAAACAUUAGCGGGUUGCUAAUGCUGUUCUAGUUAACAUUUGUAUUGAUGUUGUUCUAUGCCAUCAUUUCUUGUUAGGAAGGUGUUGCCCCUGAAGAGGUGGUCAAGUUUGGAGCUGAGUAUAUGGAGUUAGAUAGUUGGGUUCGUCGGCGGCAGUACACUGCACUUAAAGAUGCUCUUGGCACAGGGGUAACCCUUCACUUACAGGUAAAGGAAUCUUCUUACCUUUCAUAAUCUCUUUGCUGACUCUCCUGUCAAGUGUAGCUAUUGACAAUAGUUCUCUAUACUUUGCCACCCCAAAUUCAAGGACUUGAUGGAAAGAGGGUGUAAUCAUGCGAGUGAAAAUGAUCUACAUAAGUCUUGAUAUUAUUAUUACUCUUUUUGCCAGGAAAAUGACCUGCUUCGUGACAUCUUUGACUUGGGGCCUCAGCUUAAACCCACAGAUGUUCAUAAAACAUCUCGCUAUCAAAGGGUAAGCAUUGAUAUUUGGGUUAUCAUGUGAUGCAAAAGUCCUUAUGUUUGGCUCAUGAUUUAAUGAGAAAGGAUAAACUAUAGUAUUGUCUCGGUCAUGUGUAUGAUUUGUUUUUCUGCUAAAAAGAGUUAAGGGUCUGUUAAGUGUUAAAGGUAAAAAUUUAUUUUAUACCUACAGUGGAACAGUCAAACAUUCAAACGCAAACUUUAUAUUCCAGAUUAUUUCAAUCAGUUUAGUCCCCACAUGGUGACUUGUGCGCAGUUCAAAUGUAAAACUUCUGCUAUGUUGAUUGUAAUCGAUUUAAGCUCAGCAGAAGUUUGAUGAUUCAAAUUUUGGAUGUUUUUUUUUUCAGUUUUCAUAUAUACGAUAAUAGAGUGUACAUGUCAUUUAACUCAGUGGAAAUUUGAUGUAACUUCAUUCUGUCUGCUUUCCUUGUAAUGAGGUGUCAAGAGCAGUUAAACAUAUGACUUUCAACUUAAGACAAAAGUCAUAUUAAAUUUGACUGGACGGAAUUCUGACAUUUGAACUGGACUUCGGUAACCAUAUUUAGCUAAUGAAUUGUUACACUGGAUUUUUACAAAAUAAACAAUUGAUUCUUUGCAAUGGCUUUAUCUACAGCAACUUUACAACAAUGCAGUGUCCAAAGCCAGGACGUUGGUUCGCGGAAAGAACAGGGACAAGAGAAAUGCUUUUAUGUACUGAAUAUUACAUUAAUUGAUAAAGAUUAUAACAAAACAUCCUUGUAGCGAACAUAUUUGGUCAGUCUCUUGCCCCUUCUUUAUACCGAGACUUCACUGUAUAGGGUUGUUAGUUUUUCUGAGACAAAAAUGAUAGUUUCAGAAAUGCCACUUAUCUUCACUAUUGCAGAAUUCCUUAAGACCUACAGCUGCACCAAGUGUGUCUUGUUCAGUCAUAAUAACCUUGAGAGCAUCUUUAAUGGGUGCCUUGCUGCUGUCUGCCAUGUUUUUGCUGUCCCUUCAAGUGAUCCCUAGAGCCUUAACUGUCAUAUGUCGUACCAGUUCCCCUCUUGAUUAGAACAUGGCCUAUAUGGUCAGCAAUAGCUUGUGAUAAAUUGGUCAGGGAAUCUAAGGGUACAUUCCUUUGGGUGAUCUGGAUCUGGAUCAAUGGUCCAAGAUCACUCGGAUCAUGAUGCAUCAUAUGAACUGAUGAAUCCUCUCCCCAGGUCGAUUCCUCAGUUCUUUUGAUGUGCCAUGACCUGGUUAAUCUCAGAUCACUGCUCCUGAUGUGGAUCAUCCCAAAAGAAAGCACCCAAAGUCAGUUAGAAGUUGAAAAAUAUUUUGAAUGACUAAUUAUGUCAGCUGGUAGUAUUUUACCUUAAGGGAAUUUAAAAAUAAUUCCUCUACAACAUUGCUUCCAGGAACUCUUUGAGUGUUCAGCUGUCCUAGAGGCAAUUUUUGACAACAAGAAGACCGUCAAGCCAGAUGAAGUUCCACUUUACAGCAGUAUUCUGUUGGCCUGGGCCCUUCUCUUGUCUGUCACACCAGAAAAUCAAGCUUACCUUCUCAUUAACAAGUGAGCAGUAAGAGUGUGUAAUCAUCUUAAGUUUUAACUGGGCUAUUCAGUGACGUAUAUUUCUGUUUAUAUCCAUCAUUUUAAUGGCCUGAGAAAACAGCAGACAUUUGGCGACGCUACCACUGCUUUCCCCGCCAAAUGAUGUCUGAGAAACAAGUGCAGAAAUUCCAUACUGGUGAUGCGUCACUUCUGAGGUCUGGGUAGUGCUUCUGAUUAGUCGUACUGCGUGGGAAAUUUGAUUCAACCAACCAAAAGCACUACCCAGAACUGGGUAGUGACGCGUCAUCAGUAUGGAAUUUCUGUGCUCGUUUCUCAGACGUCAUUUGCAGGGAAACCAGUGGCAGCAUUGCCAAAUCGCCAAAUGUCAGCUGUUUUCUCAAGCUGUUAUUUUUGUUUUGCAAUGGUUUUCCUGCAAAAUCAUGUGUGAGGAAUGAGGGUAGAAAUUCCAUACUGAUGACGUGGAUCACUACCCAGUUCUGGGCAGUGCUUCCAAUAGGUAAGCUGCGAGGAAAUUUUGCUUCAGCCAAUCAUAAGCACUACCCAGAUUUGGAUAGUGACAUGUAAUCAGUAUGGAAUUUAUGCACUCGUUUAUUUAUUACGAUCAGUGAUAACAUUAUUAUAAUGCUGAUUUUUCCCUCCACAAGGCACUUAAGAAGAAUGAUGUUUCUUCUUCAAACAAGUGAUCUCAGUGUGCGGAUUGCUGCGGGAGAACUCUUAGCACUUAUGUAUGAGAUGGGACGCAAUGUUCAUGAGGACUUUGGUUACAGAGAUCGAAAUGGCGUUUGUGACCUUAUAAGGGAACUUGCCACAGAAGGUAACAAGCACAUUGCAAAGAAAGAUCUGCGGCAACAGCGGUCAAGCUUUAGAGACAUUCUUAAAACUAUUGAGGUAUGUAAUCUUUAUUAUGCCUUGCCCCCAAAGACUUAACUGUAUAGAGCCAAAAAUAAUAUUAUGAGUUUAUAAUUAUACCAGAUGAUGAUGGAAAGGUGAUUUAUGAAGUUAUGAAAUAUAUCAUGUACUGUAUGUGUUUGUUGAACAUGAAAGGCAGUGUUUUCACCUGAUAUCAUUACAGUAAGAAGUGGGUUCUUAAAAACUAAAUUAAAGCAGAGAUUAACGCUGAUCAUUGUUUUGCUUUUGGAAGAAACACUACACUAGCCCUUUCAAGUGUUUGUUAUAACUUGUCAAAUGAGCUGAGAAAAUAUCCAACAUUUUGGGACAACACUGGUGGUUUUCCCAUGAAAUGAUGUCUGAAAAACGAGCGCAGAAAUUCCAUACUGGUGACAUGUCAGUACCCAGCUAAACAUUAGCGGGUUGCUAAUGCUGUUCUAGUUAACAUUUGUAUUGAUGUUGUUCUAUGCCAUCAUUUCUUGUUAGGAAGGUGUUGCCCCUGAAGAGGUGGUCAAGUUUGGAGCUGAGUAUAUGGAGUUAGAUAGUUGGGUUCGUCGGCGGCAGUACACUGCACUUAAAGAUGCUCUUGGCACAGGGGUAACCCUUCACUUACAGGUAAAGGAAUCUUCUUACCUUUCAUAAUCUCUUUGCUGACUCUCCUGUCAAGUGUAGCUAUUGACAAUAGUUCUCUAUACUUUGCCACCCCAAAUUCAAGGACUUGAUGGAAAGAGGGUGUAAUCAUGCGAGUGAAAAUGAUCUACAUAAGUCUUGAUAUUAUUAUUACUCUUUUUGCCAGGAAAAUGACCUGCUUCGUGACAUCUUUGACUUGGGGCCUCAGCUUAAACCCACAGAUGUUCAUAAAACAUCUCGCUAUCAAAGGGUAAGCAUUGAUAUUUGGGUUAUCAUGUGAUGCAAAAGUCCUUAUGUUUGGCUCAUGAUUUAAUGAGAAAGGAUAAACUAUAGUAUUGUCUCGGUCAUGUGUAUGAUUUGUUUUUCUGCUAAAAAGAGUUAAGGGUCUGUUAAGUGUUAAAGGUAAAAAUUUAUUUUAUACCUACAGUGGAACAGUCAAACAUUCAAACGCAAACUUUAUAUUCCAGAUUAUUUCAAUCAGUUUAGUCCCCACAUGGUGACUUGUGCGCAGUUCAAAUGUAAAACUUCUGCUAUGUUGAUUGUAAUCGAUUUAAGCUCAGCAGAAGUUUGAUGAUUCAAAUUUUGGAUGUUUUUUUUUUCAGUUUUCAUAUAUACGAUAAUAGAGUGUACAUGUCAUUUAACUCAGUGGAAAUUUGAUGUAACUUCAUUCUGUCUGCUUUCCUUGUAAUGAGGUGUCAAGAGCAGUUAAACAUAUGACUUUCAACUUAAGACAAAAGUCAUAUUAAAUUUGACUGGACGGAAUUCUGACAUUUGAACUGGACUUCGGUAACCAUAUUUAGCUAAUGAAUUGUUACACUGGAUUUUUACAAAAUAAACAAUUGAUUCUUUGCAAUGGCUUUAUCUACAGCAACUUUACAACAAUGCAGUGUCCAAAGCCAGGACGUUGGUUCGCGGAAAGAACAGGGACAAGAGAAAUGCUUUUAUGUACUGA